UGGUCUCUGAGGGUGUCUGGGUCAGGUUUAGCUCCGGUCGCUCCUGUUCGAUCAUUAAAGAAAAUGUUUGGGUGAAAAAUGAAAAAUGUCAUCUCAUCUGUAACCAAUGAUUGAACAGCAGCAUAUUAAGCCCCGCCCCUCCGCCUGCUGCUGUUUGUUCUGCAGAAAAAAUCAAACAAACAGACGAGAGUCCAUGUUACAACACACACACACACACACACACACACACACACACACACACACACACAGCAGUGAUUCUUCAGGUUGUUGUGAGCAGCGUCUGUCUGCAGGAUCAUCGUGUCGUCGGAGGAUUUCAGGAUUCUGAUUUAUUUAAAGUUGUUUAAUGAGAUCAGAUGUUCUGCUGUGCAGAACUGGACUGACUGUGGACACAGCUGUGUCCGUGUCUGUGUGUGUGUGUGUGUGUGUGUGUGUGUGUGUGUGUGUGUUAACCUGCAGGUGUCUGAUGCAAGAUGAUGAAGGUAUGAGCAGGUAACACAGCAGGUGAUCUCUGUGAACUCUGAACUGCUGAUGGAGCUGCAGCACACUGCGUUACCAUGGAAAUGCUGCAUCCAGCUGGGUCUGCUGCUUGUCCUACUGAGUUUACCUGAAGGAACAGCUUCCUGUCGUAUCCUGAGGUGUAACUCGGACUUUGUGGCUGCGACAUUGGACCUGAGUGGAGGAGGAGCUCCAGGAGGAGGAGGACCAGGAGGAGGUGUGGCUUUCAGCAGGGAGGCGGUGAGCGCUGGUUACUGCAGCGCCCUGCGCUCCUACGCCAUGUGCACCAAGCGGAUGGCGCGGGCGUGUCGCGGUGACCUGGCCUAUCACUCAGCUGUUCAGGGUAUUGAGGACCUGCUGAUUCAGCACCGCUGCCCGCGGGCGGGGCCCACUGUCCAGCCCCGUCCCCUGCCUCAGGGCACACUGUCGGGAGAUGCCUGCCAUUAUGAGAGGAGCCUCUUCAUCAGAGAGGGCCGGACUCCAGAGUACCUACACUGCGGAGUUUUCGGAGACCCGCACGUCCGAACCUUCAACAAUGACUUCCAGACGUGUGCCGUGCAGGGGGCGUGGCCUCUCAUAGACAACGAGUACUUGUACAUACAGGCCACCAGCUCGCCAGUAAGGGGUGGGGCACAUGCCACUGUGCUGACGAAGAUCACCAUCAUCUUUAAGAACUGGCGUCAGUGUGUCGAUCAGCAGCUCUACCAGGCUGAGCUCGAUAACGUUCCUGCCGCCUUCGUUGAUGGCUCGGUGACGAGCGGUGAGCGGCGAGGUCACCACAGCCUGACGGUGUGGACUCAGAGUCCCGGCCGACACGCAGAGAUCAGGGCGGCUCACAUCGGGACGCUGCUGGUGGUGCGUCAGAGUGGACACUCGCUCGGCCUGUCAGUCCGUUCGCCGCGCAGCAUCGUGGAAGCCUUUGGGCCGGAGCAGGACCUGCAGCUGUGUGUGUGGGGUUGCCCCGCCACCCAGAGAGUCCACAUACCAGCGCCAACAGGUUCCUCGUCACCCUCCUCCAUCAGUGCCCAUGCCCAGGCUCACUGUGCGGCACUGCUUCCUGUCCGAGAUGUCUACUACCAGGCCUGCGUGUUCGACCUGAUCACCAGCGGAGACCUGAACUCCAGCGUGGCUGCCGUCAGCGCACUGCAGGAUGCCCGAAACAUGAUCUCUGACAUGCAGAGAGUCCACCUGCUGCCCAGCGCUGCCGGCAAGCAACACAGAGCACGACUGGACCUCACGCUGCUGUUGCUGCUGCUGCUGAUCGGCAUGCUGGGAACUCUGAACAGAACCUGACACAGCAGGAAGUCCCUGCACACCUGUUCAUUAAGAUGGUGAUGUUAUGCCACACACCUGAGAUCAUGUGACCGCAGCAGAUCCAACAUGGCCUCCUGAUAUGAGAGACGAGCCUGAUGGAUGCCGUGUCUCUGAGUGCAAUGCAUGAUGGGAACUGAUUCUGUCGGCUUGUUCUGGAGGCUCGGCUGUGUGAGAUGAGACAAAGAUGCCGUGCUGCAAUCUGGUCCAAUCACACGUUUGUACUGAGAGACGAUGACAUCAUCGUCCCACAGCUUUGACUGUGAAGACAGUUCAGUCAUCGAUCAGUUAUUACAGACAUCUGACCUGUG